AUGGAACGCGCUCCCGAGCCGAUGGCCGGCGGCACCUCCUCCCCGCGCUCCUUUGCACUUGCUCACGUGCGCCCCAAGUCGAGCUUCGUCGGCUGCUCGCGCAUCUCCGAUUACGACUUGCAGGGGAAGCUGGGCGAAGGAACGUUUGGCGAGGUCUAUCGAGCUCGGUCGAGGAAGACGGGCGCGCUCAUCGCGCUCAAGAAAAUCAUCAUGCAUCACGAAAAGGAUGGGUUCCCCAUCACGGCCCUGCGAGAGAUCAAGCUCCUCAAACUCCUAUCGCACCCCAAUGUCCUCCGACUGGAAGACAUGGCCGUGGAGCACCCGACGAGAUCGACCGACAAGCGCAAGAAACCCAUCAUAUACAUGGCGACGCCCUACAUGGACCACGACCUGUCGGGCCUUCUCGACAACCCCUCGGUCCACUUCAAGGAAGCGCAGAUCAAGUGCUACAUGAAGCAGCUGCUCAAGGGCCUCAGCUACCUCCACGACAAUCACAUCCUGCACCGCGACAUGAAGGCGGCCAAUCUUCUCAUCAACAACCAGGGCAUCCUCCAGAUUGCCGACUUUGGCCUCGCCCGCCACUACGACGGUCGUACGCCGCAGCCGGGCCGGGCCAUGGGCGAUGGCCGGCGUGACUACACGGGCCUCGUCGUCACUCGCUGGUACCGUCCGCCAGAGCUCCUGCUGCAGCUGAGGCAGUACACCACCGCCAUCGACGUCUGGGGCGUUGGCUGUGUGUUUGGCGAGAUGUUGGUGGGCAAGCCCAUCCUCGCCGGCGAGAGCGACGCGAAUCAGCUCGAGUUGAUCUGGGACCUCAUGGGCACGCCCAACGACGAUAACAUGCCCGGAUGGAAGCGGCUCCCCGGGGCGGAGCACCUCUCCCCCCGCUCGAGGCCCGGAAACCUGCAGAACCGGUUCAGAGAGUUUGGCUCGGGGGCGAUAGUGUUGCUCAAGGACCUCAUGAAGCUCGACUGGCGAACGCGAAUCAACGCGGUUGAUGCUAUGGAGCACUCCUACUUCAAGAUGGCGCCCCUGCCAUUGGAACCGCACGAGAUUCCGACGUACGAGGAGAGCCACGAGCUGGAUCGGAGAAAGUUUCACGAUCGCAAGGCUGCCCUCCCGCCAGCGCCCAAGGGCGGGACCGUCGGCGUCGGCCCCGACGCCAACGGGGCCACCGCCGGCUUCAACAGCAGCGACGGCUACAGCGGCCGAAAUGGCAUCCACGGCGCCGCCGGCAGGUACCGAAGCGGUCAUGACGACCGGCGGCCGGCGUGGCAGCGAGAUCGUGGACCGACGUCGCGACCGCCGCAGGAUCGACCGGGCAAUCGAGACGACGUCGACUACCGGGACCGGGGGCCGCCGCCGAGAGGGCGGCUUCCCGCUCGAGGAGCCGACGUGGACACGUACAUACCAAGCUACCCCCGCGAAGACGCGGGACGACGUAGGGAUGACCAGGCUCGGGACGAUCGCCACCACUACCUGAGCAACGAUCGAUGGAACGAGCGGGACCGGCGGACGAGAAGCCGCAGCAGAUCCCCCAUCCACGGCAGACGAGACCGGGAUCGCGACAUGUACCGACGAUGA